AUGAAGCUUUAUGCAUCGUCCUCUCCCGUAUGGCUUUUCCAACCCGGUUUUUCGACAUGGCGCAGACCUUUGGGCGAUCACGAUCUGUGCUGUGUGAUGUUUUCCUCCACGUUUUUGAACGAGUUGUACGACCGGUGGAAUCCAUUGCUGUACUUCAACACCAACCUUGUGGCAAAAAACAUUCACCGAUACUGCGCCGCCAUCAACUCGCGUGGCGCCCCAACUAGUCGUGUGUUUGGGUGUAUCGACGGCACGAAGCUGCAAGUGUGUCGGAUCGGACCAACGGGAAACGGGGACAAUUUGCAGAAGGAGAUCUACAGUGGCCACAAGCGGAUGCAUUGUCUGAACUACCAAGCCGUCACUGCCCCCGAUGGCCUUUGCAUUCAUUUUUUCGGGCCGGUGGAAGGACGGCGCCACCACACGACGUAG